AUGCGUGUGCGCCUCGUGGUACAACGUGGCUAUGCAUGUUCAAAGGGGGCAGCCGGCAUGAGGCGCUCGCACAUCGGUAAGGGGAUGCUUGCCUGCGUCCUCCUCUUGGCUCUGGCGGGGGCCGGUUGUGAGAACUCGGGACCGGUGGCUCCUCCGGAGGCAACCAAGGAUCCCCGCUGGCGCGGCGCACAGCAGGCGAAAGGCAGCAUUUUCGGCUCCGGCGGCGUCACGCUGUUUGGCGGCGAGGAAGAGGGGGCCGCAGCCGUCGGCAUCGGCGUCAACGCCUUCCUCUGGCGCGCGACCCUCGACACCAUCUCGUUCAUGCCGCUGCUCUCGGCCGAUCCCUUCGGCGGCGUGAUCAUUACCGACUGGUACGCGCCGCCCGAGACUCCCGACGAGCGCUUCAAGAUGACCGUCUAUAUCCUGACAAGAACGCUGCGCUCGGACGGCGUGCAGGUCUCCGUAUUUCGCCAGGGACGCGGCGAUGACGGCCUGUGGGAGGACCGCGCGACCAACCCCGACACCGCCGUCAGCCUGGAAGACAAGAUUCUCGACCGCGCCAGGCAGAUACGCACCGCGUCGCUCCAGUAA